AUGGUUGCAGUGACCCACCCGAUUAUCACAAGAAUUUGGAUAAUAUGUGCAGCCAAUAGCCUCCCACCACCACCCAUGAACAACCCGUAUGGUCGACCCGGUUUGCCCGGGUACACUUCGUUCACGUACUUCUCGGUGGCAAACAAUGCCGUAAAAAUUACACCCCAUGCGCCACAGCCACCAUGGAGCUGCGCAGCCUCUAGUGGGUCGUCAAACUUGACUUUCUCCGCCAGUUUGUUGCACCCAAUCAGCACCAGCGCCGCCACAAACCCACAUAUAAUAGCUGCCCACGGCUGGACCACCGAACACCCAGCCGUGAUGGCAGCGAAACCGCCCAAUAACCCGUUACAAACAUCUGUCACGUUCCAGUGUCCCGACAGGAUUCUCUUCCCGAAGAGUGUGGUCAACGCGGCGGUGCAGCCAGCUAAGGUGGUGGUGACCGCCGUGCGGCCGAUGGCGCUCCACUGUCCGUAA